CUGCCUCGAGUCCCGGCGCUCCGCCACCGCCGAUCUCACCCCCGCCCACAACCGAGCGAAUGGCGCCGGGCUGGGGGGACGACGAGGCCCAGGGCGACGCGAACUUUGACCUGCCUCCCCGGUUCGAGACCGACGUCGACGUCAACGGCGUCAAGACCAUCACGACCGUCCGGACCAACGACAUGGGCCAAAAGAUCAAGACGGAGCGGACAGUCAAGGUGACCAAGACGACGGUCAAGAUCCCAAAGGCGGUGCUGGAGCGGCGCAAGUGGAACAAGUUUGGGGCGGAGAAGCACAAGCCCGCAGGGUACCACGGGCGCGGCCACGUCAGCGAGUGGGUGACGCUCGACGUGAACGAGCAGCUGCUCGACAUGAAGCCAAAGCAGGUGGUGGCGGAGGAGCGGAACGAGUCUGCGGAGCGCGCCUUCGAGAAGAUGAACGCGGGCACCUUUGAGGCGUGGCGGCCAAAGAACCGCGGCGACGCCGUCAACGACGUUGCCAACCGGAUGGGGCACCACGACCACGGCGGGCCGGGCGGCGGCGGCCUCGCCGCGCUGGCCGAGGGCGGCGGGCGCGGCGGAUACGUGCCGCCGAGCUUGCGCAACGCGGACGGCUCGCGCAACGCGGAGCUCGCGCAGCGCGACGACUCGUGCACCGUCCGCGUCUCGAAUCUCUCCGAGGACGUCAAGGACUCGGACCUGCGCGAGCUCUUCCGCCGCUUCGGGGGCAUCCAGCGCAUCUACCUCGCGAAGGACAAGGAGACGCACCAGUCGCGCGGGUUCGCCUUCAUCAACUUUUACAACCGCGAGGACGCCGCCCAGGCCAUCGCGACGCUCGACGGCCACGGGUACGACCACCUCAUCCUCUCCGUCUCGUGGGCCAACCCGACCGCCCAGGCGCCGCAGCAGGCGCCGCCCUCGGGCCUUGGCGCCUUCCCCGCGCUGGGGAGCGGCGCCGGCGGCGGCGGCGCGCGCGACCCGAGCGGCAGGCCGCUCUUUGGCGCGCGGGCCGGCGGCGCGCCGAGCAGGGGCGACGCGGGCAUGGAGCAAAAGUACGACAACCACAUCCACAGCAGCUCGCUCGACCGCUUCCGCUGAUGCCGCAUGGCCGCCGCGCUCGCCUAGGCUCCCCGCUGCCGGGCGCUGCGCUCCCUCUCUGUGCAUGCAGUACAGCCGCGGUGCGCAGGCUCCUCGUGUGCGUGGUACAGCGCGUCGGGACGCUCACGCGCCCGAGUGUGUGCGCCGGCUGGUGUGUGCGGUGUGUGGAGCGGCACCGCGCGGCGCCAAGGAUCGAUCUAGAAAUCGUAGUAAAA